GUCCGCUGCGUUGCGGGGCGGGGCGGGCCCGGAUGGAGGCGGCCGCCAUUUAGAGCGCCCGCAGCGCAAGGCGGGGGGCUGCCGGCCUGCCGCCGACAUGAGGAGCGUGCCGUGUUUGCUCCUGUUCGCCCUGCUCGUCUUUCCCGCCUCCCUCCUGCUUCGGGGUGGCGGCGCAGGUUCGGGCUUAUUAGCUGCAGCUCAAGAUGCUACGGAAGAUGAGGAAGCAGUGGAAGAUACUGUAGUUGAAGAUGAAGAUGAUGAAGCUGAAGUUGAAGAAGAUGAGCCUACAGACUUGACAGAAGAAAAAGAGGAAGAAGACUUGUCAGGAGAACCCAAGGCCUCACCUAGUGCUGAUACAACAAUACUUUUUGUCAAAGGUGAAGAUUUUCCAGCAAACAACAUUGUGAAAUUCCUGGUAGGCUUCACCAAUAAGGGUACAGAAGACUUCAUUGUUGAGUCUCUUGAUGCUUCGUUCCGGUACCCUCAAGACUACCAGUUUUAUAUCCAGAACUUCACAGCUCUCCCCCUGAAUACGGUAGUUCCACCACAGAGACAAGCUACGUUUGAGUACUCUUUCAUCCCUGCUGAGCCUAUGGGUGGCCGUCCUUUUGGAUUAGUUAUCAACCUCAACUACAGAGAUGCAAGUGGUAAUAUGUUUCAAGAUGCUGUCUUCAAUCAAACGGUUACAAUUAUUGAAAAAGAAGAUGGACUGGAUGGAGAAACGAUCUUCAUGUACAUGUUCCUUGCUGGACUUGGGCUGCUUGUUAUUGUUGGCCUACAUCAAUUACUAGAAUCUAGGAAGAGAAAAAGACCGGUACAGAAAGUUGAAAUGGGAACAUCAAAUCAGAAUGAUGUUGAUAUGAGCUGGAUUCCCCAGGAAACAUUAAAUCAAAUAAUGCAAAGUAGAAGAGAUAAAGCUUCACCCAGGAGGUUGCCCCGCAAGAGGGCACAGAAGAGAUCAGUGGGCUCUGAUGAGUAAAUGUUAACUAGUGCAACAAUUGAACCUUUACUAAUCCUGCCUGUUGGGUUUGAUUAUUUUUUUUUUUGGAUUGGAGUAGUGCGAAGUCCGUGUCAGCAUAAGGAAAAAUACCGCUAAACAUUUGGACUGAACAGUUCAACUGAAUGGUGUUAAUAUUACUGAAAAUGCACUUCUCUUUUUUUUUUGUUAAAUAAUUGUUGGGGGGGAGCCAUUAAGAUUUGUGCCUGUGCGUGUAAGCAGUUGGUCUUAACAGAACCGCGUUACCUGAAAUGUGCCUUUAGAGUUCUUUUAAAUGCUGGCUUGUCAUCCGUAUACUUGGAAGGAUGUUUUCCCCUCCCCAUCAUCUGAAUGUCUGGUGAUUUAAUCUGUCUUGAUUGUAUCCUGUCUGUAUCACAAUCCGUAUACGGUUUUUCUCCUCGGUAACUUUGUUCUCUAUUUGCACACACAGAUUCAAGUCUGUGUGUCCAGCUGUGUUCCAGACACUCACCAUCUGCAUUUCUGCAUUCUAAAGGCACAAUCGGGUAUAGCUGCUUGUAGCGAUAGAUAUUUUGCUGCUGUUUUGACCCGGGCAUGCAGCGAUGUCAACAUCCUGAACUCAUCUGCAUAGGUGUUAGGACAACUCUUACGCAGCAGCGGGACUCGUGAAGCAUGGAAUUUGUGUGCUCAAUUGGUAUUACUACAUAAAUUUUUUAUACCCAA